AUGGCAUCAGGUAAUGAUUCCAACGACAAGAGCAUCAUGGAAGCUCAAGUGGAAAAUACGACCUAUAAUGAUGCUCAACACAACAACGUCAUGGUGGUCGAGCAUAUCGAAGGCGAACUCUGGACAGGCAUCAAUAAGCAGACUAUGUUGGCUUUCUUUGUAUGUUUACCUGGACGAACUGAGGCGUACAGCAAAUAUCCAAAUCGGGCUGACACUGAGGACAUUGUUCAGGCUAUUUGCACUCAAUUGAGCGCAUACGAGUUGACGUUGAUCAUCCCGGCCGUCUCAGCUUCCUACAUCAACGCCGAACUGGGCCCCAGCCCGAACACCCCGUGGAUUAAUAUCACCUGGACUCUUGGAGCAGCUAUCCUUGUGAGUGUGGGAGGGCGUCUAUCGGAUAUCUUUGGACGCCGACAUUUCAUGCUUUGUGGAGCAGUCAUAUCAUUCAUCGGCACCAUCGUUGGAGCCACCGGGCAAAGCAUUGCCCAGAUGAUUAUAGCAGGCGUCAUGUUCGGGGUCGGAUCGGGGUUCCAGGAGAUGGGAUUUGCUUGUAUCAUGGAAUUCAUUCCCAACAAAUACCGAUUGACCGCUCUCGGACUUUACGGAACUAGCGCAAUUAUGUGUGUUUUCUGUCCUCUUAUCACCUAUGCCUUCAUUGCACAUACCAGCAUCGGCUGGCGAAGUGCAUAUUGGUACAUGACUGGCUUUCAUGCAUUUGGCCUCAUCUGCAUGUUUUUCUUCUACAAGCCUCCGACUUUUGAAACCAAGCAUAAAGACGAUGGAGUUUCGAAGUGGAAGCUGGUUUCAGAGAUGGAUUAUGUCGGCUUGUUCCUUUUUACUGCUGGGUGUGUUUUAUUCCUGGUCGGCUUGAGUUGGGGAGGUAGGAAGUACCCUUGGAGGCACGCCGCUGUUAUCGCACCUAUCAUUGUGGGCUUCUUCCUCUUGGUCCUGCUCUUUGUCUGGGUCUUCAACGCCAACCUCAAAUAUCCUUUUCUUCCUCCAAAACUCUUCAGACAAUGGCGAGGGUACAACGUUCUUGUCAUCGUCGGCUUCUGCUGCGGCAUGCUCUACUAUAGCAUGCAGGUCAUUUGGCCACGCCAGUCGGCAUUACUGUACGUGCCGGCGAACCAGCCAAUCUUGCGUGGAGUAUACGCAAAUCUGACGCUUAUGGGCACAUGGGUAUCUCUCAUCUCCGUAUGGGUUGUGUGUGCAAGAUUCGGCCACGAGAAAUACCAGAUCCUGGGAUUCAUCUGCUGCCAAGUGGCUUUCGUGGGUGCUUUGUCGACUCUGGAUAUUGGGCAAAAUGGGAAAGCGAUCGCCCUCGUCUUCCUCAUGUCCUGUGUGAUUAAUCAGCCCCUGUAUAUGCUUUUCAGCAUGGUGUCCCUCAACCUGGACGACCAAGCCGAUAUGGGCGUCGCAAUCGGAGCCAUCUCCACCUUCCGUCUCCUCGGGGGUGCAAUCGCAACGGCAGUCUACAGCUCAAUCGUAGACAACCAAUUCGCGACAAGGCUGCCUGGGCAAGUCCGAGAAGCCAUCGCCGACACGAACUUUGACGUCAAUGAUUUGCUCGCGUUAGUCCAGGCGGCAGCUGUGAAUAGUGCAGCUGCAUACGCGAAAGUCCCGGGAAUCACCACCCAGAUCAUCAACGCGGCUCAGCUGGCGGUCAAACAGGCCUACAUCCAAGCCUUUCAAGUGGUUUAUUACACUGCUUUAGGGUUCGCUUGCCUCGCCAUCCUCAGUGCUUUGUGCAUCUCAGAUGUCGAUCCGGCUAAGAAAAACUAUGAUAAGGCCGUGCACCUGGAGAACGAAAAGUUGGAGACUGUCUUUGGAGCAGGACCAAAGCAGGAUGCCUUCGACCGCAAGGAAGAAGUCUAG